CAUUUCGUCGAUUGGGUCGACUUGUAUAGCAAAAAAUAAAAAAGCAAGAAGCCGAAAUACAAGCAUUUAAAUUAUUUAAUUAUUGCAUAGAGUUAAAUUUUAGUUAAAUUUUUUUUAAAUUUUGAAAUAUGUAUUCAAAUAAUGGAAACGAAAGUUCAGAAACAAAUCAUUGACUACUUCACGCACUUCGAGGAAUUCUACAAUACAUCCAAAAGUAGUUUGAAAAUUUGCCAAAACUGCGCAAUUUCUAUUAAUAAAUUGAUACAUCGGUGCCGGAAUAUUAAAGAAGCACAAAUAACAGGCACUCCAUUGGAAGAGUUUGCGGGCCUACAAGACAAAUUGUUGUCGGCUUUGCAUAACCUCAUUUCGGAGGAAGUUAAAGAGAUACAAAAUCAACGAUUGGUGUUGGAGGAGUCAUUUGAACAACUUUGCAACAAUAACAGAGUCCUCUUACAGAGUUGCAAAGAAAUCGACUCAUCACAGCAAACUUCUCUAAUACUUGGUACACCUCUCCAACCACCAUUAGAACAAAUACUACAAUUUGUAGCUGAUUGUAUAACAUUUGGAGGUCAAAUUUGUGCACAAAUUGAAACAGCAAUAAAUAUACUACAAUAUAAGAGGUUAAAUACGCCACCCUUAGUUGAUAAUUUCAAAAUACCCACCGAUUGGCAAAGAAAAGUACCUGAAAUCAUAGCUUACACAUCCUUCUGCUCGGAAAACGAAAUUUAGAGGGACUAAACGGUUUGAUUUUUAAAAAACAUGGAUCUUCUAGGCUCAAUUUUGAAUUCCAUGCAAAAGCCUCCAUCGGCAAGUGAGGCACAGAAGAAAGCGAUGAAGAAACAAAAGGAGGCUAUAGAACGUAAACAGAAAGAGGAGAAACACAUUUUAAACAAGUUCUGUAAGAGAGUGGAAGAGAAAAUAAGUAAUUUUAUAAAGGAUGGCACUAAAUUGUCCUUGCAGUUUGAGCCAAUGGAUCAAAUGUACCGAUCUGUCAUCCGUGAUGUAGCUACAACUGCUGGAGCUCAAGUAUACUCAUUUGGACAGGAAGGCGUAGACAGAUAUGCAGUUGUAUACCUAAAAGACAAAGGUCCAUCAGAAGACGAACUGAGCGUUCGUCGAGAAGGUGGCAUUUGGGACGAGGCGAAGGCAGCAGAAAUGGCAGAGAGACGUAAAGAAAUGGAGAAGCAAGCAGAACUAGACAGCCUAGAGGAGAAAUCUAGAAAACGCAAGCACGGUAAAGAAGAACUCAGCGGCACAUUCUAUAAGCAGAAGUACGCUCACCUGAUUGGACAAGAAGCAGCUAUUGAUGCAGCACAGAAGACUAAUAUGAACAAAAGCUAUGGAGAAGUGCCGAGUGAGAACAAAAAGGACUUGAGAUCCAUUGAACAGACAAUGGCAGAUAUUAGAGCCAAGAAGGUGAAAAAAGCUGAGACAGAAAAAGCUAGUGCUGACGGUGAGAGUAUUAUUUGACUAUACUUAAAACAACUAGGUUACUUAUCAGUAACUUAACUUUCAAUCAAAGAUCUCCAUCGAGAAGAUAUCAUUUUGCAAUAACGAUUUUUUGGGCGUAUUUAACUCUAUAGCAAUGUAUUGACCUCAUAUAAUAAAAGGACGCCCAAUCAUGUAGAAAUUUUCACUAAAAAAUUGGCCAAUUCUGCUUUGCCAGUUUUAGAAUUAUUGGUAAAGAAAAUUACCUAAAGGCCUUUAAAUAUAGUCCAAUAUUCAAUCAAAAAUCCCAAAUUCAGAGCAAAUUCCACCUUAAGUAUUGAGUUUAAGGUUGAAUUUGCAAAUGUGACUACUUGGAUUGAGUGUCAAGAAGUUGUGUUUGGCACUCAUUGAGUGGGGACGUUUUUCGGUCGCUGAUUGUGCAUCCACUUUUUAAUAGGAGAUUGUUCGUUAUUUAUUAGCAACUUAACUUUUAAUCUAAGAUCUCCACCGAGAAUAUAUCAUUUAGCAAUAACGUUUUUUUGGCGUUUUAACUCUAUGUCAAUGAAAUGUAAUUUUAAUCUGUUUCAUUUAAUUUUUAGUGUGACAUGUGUAGUUGUACAGUGUUAUUACUCAAUGUGACUAUUUGAAUUGAGUGCCAAGAAGUUGUGUUUGGCACUCAUUGAGUGGCGACUUUUUUUGUUGAUUGUGCAUCCAAUUUUUAAUAGGAGAUCGUUGGUUACUUAUUAGUAACUUAACUUUUAUUCAAAGAUCUCCAUUAAGAAGAUAUCAUUAAGCAAUAACGAUUUUUUUGGACGUUUUAACUCCUUAUCAAUGAAAUGUAAUUUUAAUCUGUUUUAAUUUUUAUUUUUAUUGUGACAUGUGUAGUUGUACAGUGUUAUUACUCAAUGUGACUAUUUGAAUUGAGUGCCAAGAAGUUGUGUUUGGCACUCAUUGAGUGGCGACUUUUUUUGUUGAUUGUGCAUCCACUUUUUAAUAGGAGAUCGUUGGUUACUUAUUAGUAACUUAACUUUUAUUCAAAGAUCUCCAUUGAGAAGAUAUCAUUAAGCAAUAACGAUUUUUUUGGCCGUUUUAACUCCUUAUCAAUGAAAUGUAAUUUUAAGUUAUUACUCAUCAUUGUUUUUAAAUAGGGAUUAGUAUCUAGUUGUGUGUAUAUCACCACAGGUCUUGUUUUUUUUUUUAAUAAUAAUAACAGGUAUAUUGUAUUUGCCUUAGAACAGACUGAUUUCUAAAUGACAUUUAGACACAGUACAUACAGCAGUAUAUAUCCAAUACAAAGCAACCAAAAUCCUAAGACUUGCUUUGCAAUGAGAAUCACUGUAGAGGUAUAGUGCAACAAUAGGGUAGAUGACAUUUUUUUUAAAUGGUCUUUAAUAGUUAAUUGCCUAUCAUUUGAAAUUUUUUUUUACAAUUUUUUGAGACGUUAUUUUAAGAAAAUUUUAGUUUUUAAAUAUGUUUUUGACAAUACGAGAUAAAACGCCUGUCGGCCAUGACAGAUAUUUCAACUAUUUUAUGACGUUACUGUAACAAAUCCCUUACAAACGGAGCGUUUGACAAAAAUAUUAGCUAACAAUAUAAGUUUGACGUUUAGUACGUCAAGUAACAUUGUGACGUCACAAAAUGGACGACAGCGGUUCUUGGAUUAUGUUGCGUAUUACAAUCUUUUGAUAGUUCACAAUCUCGCGAUAUAGAUUAUAAUCUAACGGUAGUUACAAUAUUUUUUUUAUUUGUCAUUCAUUCAUUCUUUACGGAUUGACAAAUCUGAAGACCGUGUUACAGUUUUCCUUAUUACUGAUGCCAAUUUAAAAAAAAAAGUAUUUUUAAAUUAAUUUUCCCAUACUGAUAUGGGUUUUUCUUAGGGGAAUACAUGCAAUUCUUCCAAAAUGGUUGUAAAGAUGUAGAAGUAUUAGGGCCAGUUACACCACUUGAUAAGUGUCUUAUAGCUAUAUUUUAAUAUAAUUUAUGUAAUGCAUUAUAGAAUUAGUAUAGUAGUAAUAUAGUUCUUGAAAAAGGCAAAAUCAUUUUUAAAAUAACCGGAUGCAAUUCGUUUUAUUAACUGGAUUUUUUUUUGGAAUUUGCAAUUUCGAUUACUUUGUGCCAAAAGGUUGUGUUUGGCACUCAUUGAGUGGGGACGUUUUUUGGUUGUGCAUUCACUUUUUAAUAGAAGAUCGAUGGUUUUGCCAGAAAAAAGUUCUGAAAGUUAAUAUUAGUUUUAAUCAUCUUUCAUCACUUAUUUACAAGUUUUAUUACAAUUAAUGUAAUAUUUAAUUUAAUUUGUGUAUGAGGUAUUUUUUUUCUAGGCUGUAUUAUUAGUUUUCAAAAUCCUGCUCAGUUAUUUUAUUUCUUCCACUUAGUCUAUGAUCCAUUUUAGAAACGACCUUCACCCAUCUGUUAAAUGGCUGAAAAGUGUUUUAUAUAUCAAAAUUUAAUACAUUAAAAAUAUUUUGCGAAUAGAUUGCCUAUUGAAAUUUCCUGGCCAAACCAUUAUUAACUAUCAUUAAUUUAUAAUUUAAUUAAGUGUUUUAUAUCAAUAUACGUUGAAAAAUACAACGACACAAAAACAAGUUACAUAUUUACCUGGCCAAACUAUCAUUAAUGAUUAGUGUUUGGUAGAUUAAUUCGUUCCAAGACUUUGCGCUUUUUUUGGAGACAAAUAAAAAUCCUUUCGUGAUUCAAAAUUGAUGCGUUACUUUAUUUGCGUGUUACAGUAUAGAAUUAUAAUGACAAUUAAAAGUUUGACAGUUUUAUAAAUUGAUUGUGACGUUUUCUUCGAAGAGGAUACGUGGACCAAUCGCAGCCCACGUAACGUUUCGUUGCGCGCCAACAAUUAGUGAUAGUUAAUAAUGGUUAAUAAUAAUGGCCAGGAAAUUUUUAAGCAACCUUUACUCGUAAUAUAUUUUGUAACAUACUAAAUUUUGAUAUAUUAAACCUUACACUUUACCUCUUUGUAAUAUUAGUAUAGAUAGAAUAUUUUCAAAUUUGCCGAAAAUCGUAAUAUUUAGAGAAUUUACGCUAGCGCCAUUUUGACAAUUGCCAACACCAUUAUAUAAUAUUGUGGUACUUUACAUUUUGUGUACCUGAUGUAUUUUAUAGUGCCUAAUCUUAGUUUAAACGUAGUUAUGUAAACAUUGAAAUAAAAAUGCAAUAAUUUA